CUUGAAGUAUCGGAAAGCAACCUAAAUAGAUCUGGAGACUGAAAACCAGUGCUGUCAGUCGAUGCUUAUUACAUGUGUAUUUAUUGGUGUAAUUGUUUAAUUAUAGGAUAGUUUUGAAAAUAAUUCUUUAAAUUAGUCAGGAUGGCGGACGGCCGGGCCCCUGGCCUGCGGGUGAACCAGCGCGUGGAGGUGACGGGCAAGGACGUGCAGGGCGUGGUCGCCUACGUCGGCACCACGCUCUUCUCCUCCGGCAAGUGGAUCGGGGUCAUCCUCGACGAGCCCAAGGGCAAGAACAACGGCACCGUCAAGGGCAAGACCUACUUCCAGUGCAAGGACAACCACGGCAUGUUCGUGCGUCAGGCACAGCUCACGCUGCUGGACGAGGGGGGGGACGCCACCACGCCAUCUUCCGGGGCCACGUCCCCGGACGACGCCAAGAUAUCUCGCUCGAAGCUCAGCAGUUCCAGGCUGUCCCUGGCAAGCUCUCGCAGCCAGGGGGACUCGACGAGCAGUCGGGACGACUCCUUGGCCGGCACGCCCAUGAGGGAGUCCGCCUCGCCGCAGCAGGCUCCGGACACGCCCGCCAAGAGAGCGUCCUUCGUCGAGAGAAGCUCCCCUGCCACCUCUAAGGAGCUUUCCAAAAGGCCUCAAUCGUUGGUCGAUGCCAACCUGGCCCAGGACCAAACGGGCUUCCUGGAGACGCUGAACCCCCAGUUCACGCCCGGCCAGGCCAUGGUGUCCCCGGGAGCGGGCCCCGUCGAGGAGAGGCUCACCCUGCUGCAGUGCCGGCAGGAGAGCGACAACCUGCGGGCCGAGGUCGCAGACCUCAAGGAGAAGCUCGACACGCUGCGCUUGAAGCGCCUGCAGGACGGGGAGAAGCUGCGCGAGUACGAGAAGACGCGCCUGCAGCUGGACCAGCUGCUGGAGUUCAAGGCGCGCAUCAUGGAGUCGCAGGCGUCGCUCCAGCGGGAGCUGCAGCGCGCGCGGCAGGAGGCCAAGGACGCCGUCGAGGCGAGGAACGCCCACGCGGAGGAGAUGGCCGACCUGUCGGAGACCGUGGAGAUGGCCACGCUCGACAAGGAGAUGGCGGAGGAGAAGUCUGAGAUGCUGCAAGCGGAGCUGAGCGAGACGCGUGACCGGCUGGAGGAGAUGACGCUGGACCUGGAACUGCUGAAGGCAGAGCUGCAGGAGCGAGGCUCCGACAACACCGGGGCGCCCACCUCCUACGAGAUGAAGCAGCUACACAUACAGAACGCCCGCCUCAAGGACACGAUCGUCAGGAUGCGGGACCUGACGGCGCACGAGAAGCACGAGUCCCAGAAGCUGCAGAAGGACCUGGACCAGAAGCGCUCGGAGGUGCAGGAGCUGACCCGCACCAAGGAGAAGCUGAGCGCUCGCGUCGACGAGCUGGAGCGCAUGGUGGCCGACCUCCAGGAGCAGGUGGACGCCUGCCUGGGCGCAGAGGAGAUGGUGCAGCAGCUGGGAGACGCCAAGCUGACCUUGGAGGACCGCGUGAAGGAGCUGGAGGAGAGUGUGGCAGACCUGGAGGCUCUGCACGACAUGGACGAGAGCCUGCUGGAGGGCUGCCGCGACCUGGAGCUGGAGCUGCGGGAGGAGCUGGACAUGGCAGACGCCCAGGCUCGCCAGGCGAUGCGGGAGAAGGAGGCGGCUCUGGAGACGCUGGCGGACCGCGAGCAGACCAUCCUGAAGUUCCGGGAGCUGGUGCAGCGGCUGCAGGAGGCGCUGCAGGAGCUGAGGCAGCAGCAGGAGUCGGCCCAGCCGGCCUCCGCCCUGCCCGACAUGCUGGACUUCAAGAAAAUGUUUGAAGAGUCGAAGGCGCACACCAGGGCCAUAGACUUGGAGCUGCGUCGCAUCGACGUCCAACAGUCGAACCAGCACGUGCAGUACCUCACGGCUUACAUGCCGGAUUCCUUCAUGAGCCGAGGAGGCGACCACGACGCCGUGCUGGCGCUGCUGCUCGUGCCGCGCAUGCUGUGGAAGGUGGAGCUGCUGCUGGCGCAGCUGCGCGACAAGUUCCCGGAGGUGAACCGCGUGGACCGCGCGGCCGUCGUGGGGGGCCACGCCGUGCAGCAGUCCGCCUUCAAGUCCCGCCUCUCCUACCUCCUGCUCUCGCUGCAGACGGUACUGCACCAGCUGGUGGCGGGCAUGAACACCUGCGCCCCCGCCACGCUGCUCAAGGUGGGGGGCAGCUACCCCGACAUGGCGGUCCAGGAGAAGGUGCUGGACUCGCUGCUGGAGCUCCACCGCAGGGACCAGCUGGACGAGACUGUAGAGCUCCAGCAGUUGGAGCGCAGCCUGCACUACUUCUGCAGCGUGCUGCCGGCGCUGCUGGGGCCCGAGGCGCGCGCGGACCAGGCCUGCCUCGUGGCGGACUGCUGCCUCGCCCUCGCCGCUGCCUGCGACAACGUGCGCGUGCAGGCGCUCGGGCUGCGGGCCCUGAUGCAGGCGGGCCAGGAGGGCGGGGACAUGGGGCUGCUCAUGCAGCACCUGGUCACCGCCGCGGAGACCGUCGCCCAGCAGCUGAAGGUGAUCCGGCGCGGCCUCCCGCACGACCGGAGCAUCUCCCAGCUGGGCCUCCCGGCGUCGCUGCCCGACAGGCUGCAGCAGUGCAGCCAACACGCGGCCCGCGUCAUGCGGUCCCUGCUCGACACGGUCAGGGCCAGCCUGCACCACGUGGCCACCAGCGGAGAGGCGGACAUCGGCAUAUCCCACGACAAGCUGAAGGAGCUCGGCCAGGCGGCCAUCGACCAGGUGUACGAGCAGGACGAUCGCUCGCCGAUCGAGUGCGUGAAGAACUCUAUCAGCUACAUCCUGGGGGAGGUCGCCACGUUGAUGCAGACCAUGCAGGAGGCGGAGUUCGACAUCGUCAACCUCAAGGCCGAAGAGAAGCCCACGCCGCCGAUCGUGGUUCGGGCGCUGACGGUGAAGAAGGAGCUGGAAGAGACCAAGAACCUGAAGCACAAGCUGGAGAUGAAGGAGAGCGACAUCAAGGAGCUGAAGCUGUCGCUGAAGCAGAAGCAGGAGGAGCUGAGCGAGAUGACGAUACGCAAGGAGCUGGCCGAGAAGAAGCUGGGCAGCCUCAACAAGGACAAUGAGCUGACCAUCGAGAAGCUGCAGCGCAAGCUGGACGAUGCGCAGCAGCUCUUGCGGCGCAAGGAGAAGGAGUUCGAGGAGACCAUGGACCACCUGCAGGCGGACAUCGACUCGCUGGAGAGCGAGCGCGGGGAGCUCAAGGAGAAGCUGAAAGGCUACUCCAAGAAGGCGCUGGACGGCGGUGGCGGCAAGGCGCCAGCAGCGCUGGCGGGGCCGGCCCCGGGGAACUACGUGGGCGGCGUGCGAGACUCGUCGCAGCUGGGGCGUGAGGUGCACGCCCUGCGGCUGGCGCUGCAGACGCAGCGGAGGGAGAAGUCCCAGCUGCAGGUGCAGCUCAUGAAGCAGCAGCUGAGCAGCCUGCCCCCUCUGCAGGUUCCCAAGAAGACGAGCGUGGGGUCGGGGCCGAGCGUUGACCACGACGCCGCGCUCACGGAGGUCCUGAAGAAGGCCUCCGCGCUGCAGAAGGAGGUGUAUGAUGCGCUUGCGAGACCCGCGCUGCUGGACAUCAGCAACCGCGUGCCCGGCUCGCCUGCCUGGGCGGACCAGGGAGCGCCAACCCGCUUCCUGGCCUACAAGCAGGAGCGCCAACUCGACUUGCAGCGGAGAGUGCAAGCCCUGCAGGAUGAAGUUUUACAUGAAGUUGUGAAGCGAAAAGCAGGAGGAAAAGUUGAAGCAGAUUUUGCAGACUUCCCAACUCGUGAGCUGGCCAAGGCACUUGCGGAAACCGAGCCUCGCCUGAUUGGCCAGCUGAGCGUGCCAGCGGCCCUGGAGAGACGUGACGCCCCUGCGGUGGUGCCCUUGCACCUUGACACGGACGGUGUGCAGAGGCUGCACCAGGCGCUGUGCUACUAGGGGCGUGCACGACUACAAGUAUUCGCUAUUUUUGCUUGGUGCAGCCAGCCUUAUGCUACUACUCUCUUGCCUGCGGCAAUGCAAAUUUGGCCGUUCCGCACACGUCCCGUUGGAACCACCGUCGCCUGCUCUGCAGCGUGGAACAGGAGUCCAAACCUAAUAACAGCCGUCUUCUCUGCUUACAGCUACCUUAAGAAAUAUAUGCUAAUGAAUUGUCUUGUAAUAUUAAGAAUCAUCGGAAUAAUUUUUUUUAAAAGUUUUUAUUUAUUGCUAACUUAUUGUAAGGUGAUAAUAUAAAUGUGUUAAUUAUUAUAUAAGCUCGUAGCUAAUCAACUAUGUACGUAACUUAAUGUCGCACAAAAUGUUGCUUGUAUUCUGAGAGUUAAAAAUUAAAUUGACUAAAAAUUAUAUUAAA